AUGGCAGGGGCACAGCCUGGAGUUCAUGCGCUGCAGCUCAAGCCAGUGUCCGUGCCCGAGAGCCUCCGAGCGGGCACCAAAUUCAUGAAAUGGGAUGAUGAUUCUACCACUGUGACCCCGGUGACUCUGACAGUUGACCCCAAAGGUUACUUCCUGUACUGGACAGACCAGAACAAGGAUACAGACCUACUGGAUAUAGCGUACAUAAAAGAUGCCCGAAAUGGAAAGGCUACCAAAUCGCCAAAGGAAGCCAAGCUGCGUGAGCUACUGGAUGUCAGCACCAUGGCGGGGAAGAUGGAGAACAGGAUGCUGACGGUGGUGAGUGGCCCCGACAUGGUCAACAUCACCUACCUGAACUUCAUGGCGUUCCAAGAGGAGAUAGCUAAGGAAUGGGCGGAGGAGCUAUUCAACCUGGCAUCUAACCUUUUGGUACAGAACAUGUCCAGGGAGGCCUGCCUUGAGAAAGCAUACACUCGGCUGAAGCUGCAGCUCAACCCAGAGGGGCGAAUCCCCGUCAAGAAUAUCUUCAGGGUGUUCUCAGCAGACAGGAAGCGAGUGGAGACAGCCCUGGAAAACUGCAACCUCCCUGCUGGCAGAAAUGACUCCAUCCCCCAGGAAGACUUCACUCCAGAGGUGUAUGACAUGUUCCUAAGCAACAUCUGCUCUCGAUCUGAGCUGGACCACAUCUUCUCUGAUGUGGGGGCUAAGAACCGUCCAUACCUGUCGGUGGAGCAAAUGACAGAGUUCAUCAACAAUAAACAGCGAGACCCUCGUCUGAAUGAGAUUCUCUAUCCUCCUCUGAAACCAGAACAGGUCCAGCAGCUGGUGGACAAAUAUGAACCUAAUGCUUCGCUGGCACAGCAAGGUCAGAUCUCAGUCGAAGGCUUUGCCAAGUAUCUGAACGGGGAGGAGAACUGUAUCAUCCCCCAUGAGAAGCUGGACCAGAGUGAGGACAUGACGUUUCCCCUCUCCCACUAUUUCAUCAACUCUUCACACAACACAUACCUCACAGCUGGCCAGCUCGCAGGGAGUUCCUCGGUUGAGAUGUACAAGCAGGUUCUCCUGUCUGGAUGCCGCUGCAUCGAACUGGACUGCUGGAAGGGUCGCACCACGGAGGAAGAGCCCGUCAUCACCCACGGCUUCACCAUGACAACUGAAAUCUCCUUCAAGGAGGUGAUUGAGGCUAUCGCAGAGUGUGCUUUCAAGACCUCGCCCUUCCCUAUCAUCCUGUCUUUUGAGAACCACGUGGACUCGCCAAAGCAGCAGGCCAAGAUGGCCGAGUACUGCCGGUCAAUAUUUGGAGAUGCAUUGCUUACAGAGCCUCUGGAAAAAUAUCCUAUGGAGUCCGGUGUCCCACUACCCUGCCCGAUGGAGCUCAUGGGUAAAAUCUUGGUGAAGAACAAGAAGAAACACCACAAGACCAACGGAAGUACCAAGAAGAAAUUGUCGGAGCAGGUUUCCAACACCUACAGUGAUUCUUCCAGUGUGUGUGAGCCCUCCUCCCCGAGCGCAGGUGAGGUGGAGGCAGAAAGUGAAGAUGAAGAUGAUGAUGACGACGACUGUAAAAAGGGCUCAAUGGAUGAGGGCACAGCAGGCAGUGAGGCAUUCGCUACAGAGGAAAUGUCCAACCUGGUCAUCUACAUCCAACCAGUCAAGUUUAACAGCUUUGAGGCUUCCAAAAAAAUCAAUCGCAGUUACCAGAUGUCGUCCUUCGUAGAGACCAAAGCUUUGGAGCAACUGACCAAAUGCCCGGUCGAGUUUGUGGAAUACAACAAGCUGCAGCUGAGCAGGAUUUACCCUAAAGGCACUCGAGUGGAUUCAUCCAACUACAACCCUCAGCUCUUCUGGAAUGCUGGCUGUCAGCUGGUGGCUCUCAAUUUCCAAACCAUUGAUUUGUCCAUGCAGCUGAACCUGGGCAUGUACGAGUACAAUGGAAAAUGUGGAUACAGACUCAAGCCAGAGUUUAUGAGACGACCAGACAAACACUUUGACCCUUUCACUGAGAGCACGGUGGAUGGGAUAGUAGCCAACACACUGUCUGUUAAGAUUAUCUCAGGCCAGUUCCUCUCGGAUAAGAAAGUGGGCACAUAUGUGGAGAUCGACAUGUUCGGCUUGCCUGUGGACACCAAGAGGAAAGCUUUCAAGACCAAGACAUCUCAGAGCAAUGCCAUCAACCCUGUCUGGGAAGAGGAGGCCAUUGUCUUCAAGAAGGUUGUUCUGCCCACACUUGCUUCAAUAAGGAUCGCUGUGUUUGAAGAGGGAGGAAAGUUCAUCGGCCACCGCAUCAUUCCUGUGUCGGCCAUCCGUCCAGGCUAUCACUACAUCAGCCUGAGAAAUGAGAAGAACCAGUCCCUGACGCUGCCCGCUCUGUUUGUGUAUGUGGAAGUGAAGGACUACGUUCCAGACACAUUUGCAGAUGUCAUUGAAGCUUUGUCCAAUCCCAUCCGCUAUGUCAAUCUGAUGGAGCAAAGAGCCAAUCAGCUGGCUGCUCUCACUCUGGAAGAGGGAGGAGAGGAGGAAGGUGACAAAGAGGUGUGUGUUGUGGAGGCAGGAAGCGACGCCCCCUCAGAGUCGAGGGUGGACCAGAGGGUGACGACGCCGACAGAAAACGGAGUGAGCUCCACACCGAUCAUCGCCCCCAAGCAGCCGUCACUCGUCGGCCAGACUGUUUUGUCACCAGGCUCACUGAAACCAGCAGUGAAGAGUGAGGACAUCGUUCAGAGUGUUCUCACUGAACUGGAAGCUCAGACAUUGGAGGAGCUGAAGCAACAGAAGGGAAUAGUGCGGGAGCAGAAGAAGCAGUACAAAGAGAUGAAGGAGCUGGUUCGGAAACACCACCGCAAGACCAGCGAGCUGAUCAAAGAGCACACAGCUCGCACGUCCGAGCUGCAGAGCCAGCAUCAGCGCCGGCGCUCCACCCUGAGGAAGAGCCGCAAACAAGACGGUAAGAAAAGCCGGUCCGAUCAGUCUCUGUCGACCCUGGACAAGGAUCUGUGUGAGCUGGAUCAGGAGUGUAGCCAGCGGCUUGCUGAGCUGAAGGAGCAGCAGCAGCAGCAGCUCCUCACGCUUCGCCAGGAGCAGUACUACAGCGAGAAGUACCAGAAACGAGAACACAUAAAACAGCUGGUUGAGAAGCUGACUACCAUCGCAGAGGAGUGCCAGAGUGCUCAGCUCAAGAAGCUCAGAGACAUCUGUGAGAAAGAAAAGAAGGAUCUGAAGAAGAAAAUGGACAAGAAACGGCAGGAGAAAAUCACAGAAGCCAAAUCUAAAGACAAGAAUGUGACGGAGGAAGAGAAGCUGGAGAUCAACAGAUCGUUUGUCAAUGAGGUGGUGCAGUAUAUCAAACGGUUGGAAGAUGCACAGAGUAAAAGACAGGAAAGACUACUGGAGAAGCACAAGGACAUCCGCCAGCAGAUAUUAGACGAAAGGCCAAAGCUACAGAGCGAUCUGGACCAGGAGUACCAGGACAAGUUUCGCCGGCUACCUGUGGAGAUCCAAGAAUUUGUUCAGGACAGCAGCAAGGCCAAGCUUAGCGACGACGGAGUCAACGCAAACCUCGUCACGUCCUCGACGGCGGAGAAGCUCAACCACAAGGCGUCGCAGUCCGAGGACGACACGGAGGAGGGCUCGUCAGAAAGAGUGUACGACACGUCCCUUUAG